GCGUUCCCGUGAGAUCCCGUGGCCGGGGCGAGGAGGGAGAUCCAAGCGGGGCGCGCGCCGAGCCAUGGAGGACUUGGAAAAUAACACCACGGUCUUCUCCACCCUCAAAUCCCUCAACCACUUUAUAUCUCAGCGAAUGGAGGGGGUGUCUGGGCUGGCCACACCAGGACCAUCUCAGAGCUCCUUGCAGAUCCAGUACCAGCAGAGGAUGCAGCUGGAAGAGCAAGCUGGGCAGAUCCACUCCAAAUCCCAGCUGCUGCAGGUGGAGCGGGAGAAGAUGCAGAUGGAGCUCAGCCACAAGCGCGCCCGCAUCGAGCUGGAGAAGGCAGCCAACACCAACGCCAGGAACUAUGAGCGAGAGGCCGACCGUAACCAGGAGCUGCUCACACGCAUAAAGCAAUAUCAGGAAAGGGAAACAGAAGCUGAAAAUAAACUGAAAGAACAAAUGGAGAUGAACAGAUCCUACAAGAAGAGCAUGGAGACAAUGAGUAAGAAGCUGCAAGAGAAGGAGAGCAAAUUAGCUGAAGCCAAUGAGACAAUCACCGUAUUAAAAGGAAAAAUAUCAGAGCUGCAAUGGAAUAUAAUGAACCAAGAGAUGCAGAUGACAAGCCAAGACUCUCAGAAGCAGGAACUGAUGGAACAGCUGGAUGUUGAAAAAAAGAAAUGGCAAGAGGCAAGUCAACAAAUCCAGACCCUGCAAGCAAACCAAUCCCUACUGGCAGAAUAUGAACAGAAGAUUAAGGAUCUGGAGCAGAAGUUAUCCCAGCAGGAACAUGAUGCUCUAAUUGUCAAGAACAUGAAGGCAGAACUGGCUCGUUUCCCAAAAAUGGAGCGGGAAUUACGCCAGCUCAGGGAGGAAAACGCCUACUUCAGGGAAAUGAAAGAGAACAAUGGGUUGCUUAAAGAGGAGGUAGAAGGUCUCCAAAGAAAACUGGAACGCUACGAGAAGGUCCAAGCGCAGCUGGUGACUGUGGAACUGGAAAAUGAGAAACUUCUGGCAAAAUUACAAAGCUGGGAGAAACUGGACCGGAGCACUGGCUUAAGUAUCAGGACACCUGAUGAUCUCUCGAGGCAAAUUGUGGCCCUGCAGCAACGGGAGCUUGCACUGAAAGAGCAGAACUCUACCUUCAUGAACAGUGCCCGAGUGCUGGAGAAGGCCCGGCAGCAGCUGCAAGAGGAGAUCCUUCGGGUUCAGAGCCAGCUCCUGGAUGAGAAGAAGAGACGGGAGCAUCAGGAAGCGCUGGUCAGGCGGCUGCAGAAACGUGUGGUGCUCCUCACCAAGGAGCGAGAUGGGAUGCGGGCGAUCCUGGAGUCGUACGACAGCGAGCUGACCCCCGCGGAGCACUCGCCCCAGCUGGGCCGGCGCAUGCGCGAGGCCGAGGACAUGGUGCAGAAACUGCACGCUCACAACACCGAGCUGGAGGCUCAGCUGUCUCAGGUUCUGGAAGAAGUGGGAAACCACAAGCAAAGAGCAGAGAUGCUGGAGGUGGAGAUGAAGGUCCUGAAGUCUCAGCAGUGCACAGCUGAGCAGAGCACUGUCAUCACCAAGGAGGAGGUGGACAUGCUCAGGCUGAAAAUUGAGGAGCUGGAAGCUGAACGCAGCAAGCUGGCAGAGGAGAACAGAUCUCUGGAAAUGAAACUGGAGAAGCUCACUGUGCAGGGCGACUAUGACCCCAGCAGAACCAAAGUUCUUCAUUUCAGCAUGAACCCAACAACUCUGGCCAAGCAGCAGCGCAAGGAGGAGCAGCAGCAGCUCCAGGAGGAGUGUGAGAAGCUGAGGGAGAUGGUGAGGGUGCUCGAAGGAGGAGGCUCCAUCUCUGGCAAUCUGGAAGGAGUUGGGAGUUUUCAGUCACCACAAGAAGUUGCAGAGCUGAAGAAGCAAGUGGAGAGUGCAGAGCUGAAAAACCAGCGUCUGAAAGAAGUUUUCCAGACCAAGAUCCAGGAGUUCCGCAAGGUGUGCUACACCCUAACGGGGUACCAGAUCGACAUCACCACGGAGAACCAGUACCGGCUCAGCUCCAUCUACGCCGAGCACCAAGGGGACUGCCUGCUUUUUAAGGCCUCCAGCUCCUCUGGCGGAAAAAUGCAGCUUCUGGAAACUGAGUUCUCACGAACCAUCCGGGAGCUCAUCGACCUCCACCUGCUCCACCAGGACAGCAUCCCGGCCUUCCUCAGCGCCCUCACCCUCGAGCUCUUCAGCCGCCAGACCAUUGCUUAGCGUCCCACUGCCAGCCACCAGCCAGGGCUGAGCGCUCCUGGGCAGGACACUUGAGGUAGCAAGGACAAAUUCUUGUCUCCCUCUCCUAAUUUGUGGUGUUGGGUCGCUUCUGUUUUGCAGGGAACUCCUUCUUCCCUACUUUUUCAUGCUGAUUGACACCAGUUCCUCUGAAAAGCAUAAUUUUCCUCCUGUGAGAGGGCAAGUCUAGCUCCCUCCUAGGGCUCUCCUGUGCCAAUCCCUGCCUUUGAACUGGGCAAUGUGUUCAUCACUACCCAGACUCUCAGCAUCUCUCUGGGAAUACAGUGGAAACUGCUGGUUUGAGGAGCCCACAGCAUUGCUGUUCAAAGCUUUUCCCAAAGGGAUUCCCCAAAUCUUGGUCCCAGCAAAGAGGUGAGCCUGCAUGAGGCUGGUGCUUCCUGUCUCAUGGUUCUUCUCUUCUAAUGGGAGCCAAGGGCUUGGUCCCUGAGGACAGGGACCCAGGGAAGGUCUCUUGCUCUUACAAAGAGCUCAUAACUCAUCAGGGUUGAAAUUAUUUUCAAAUGUCAGUUACCUGAGUCUGCCAUCACUGAGCAGACAAGCAUAAGCAUCAAUGGCCAUUUGAAGAGCCUGUACCUGUGUUUACACCUCUCUGUUGUGUGGUGUGCUCAGAUGUCACUGCCGUGCUUUUGGUUCCUCAUUGAGACUCUUGGGCUCUUGGUUAUCUCAGGACUGUAGAAGGGGGAAGGGAGUGACUUGGGGUGUUCUCACUGCUGCUGGUUUUAGCUUGCUGCCUGUCACCAGCCUGUGGGUACCUGUUUUGGGGGGUCUCCCUCCUCCUCUCCUCCAUGGAGAUGGAGCAUCCCCAGAAGUCUGACAUUUUGUGUUAUAAUGGGUAUAGUUCUUCUGUGAUAAGAAUAAAGUGUAACUUCCCAAA